AUGGGUCUACCUACAACGUUUUUAUUCUUGGCUCUGGCUUCCGUGGGAUGCCUCCAAACAGCGAAUGCGGAGCGCCGGCUCCUUCAAUCUUACCUGGAGACGUUCCCGCCCUAUGGCUGCACCCGCGAUCAACAGCAAUCCCGCUUCCGCCUUGAUCCUGGAUACACCGUCAGCGGCAAUCGCGUAUGCAUGACGGUUCGGGUGGUGAAUUGCUUCAAGCCCGGCGCUGCAUGCUGUGAUCCUAAAAUUGAUGCGAACAAAAUCGCACUGGAUGUCAAUAUUGAGUGCAGAAAUGCAAUUUCAGGAAUUACGGUCAAUGGAAGGCCAUCCCUGGCGCCCACCUUUGAUCCCUACGGUGCCGAUAACUCUAAGGCGGUCUACAAGCUGACGGGUCUGAGCCUCAACUUGUCCAACGCUGAUGGCGCUGUGCCCCUCCCCUCCGAGCCCCUCCCCUCCAAGCCCUGUGCCACCAAGUCCCAAGCCACCUUCUCCUUUCCCUCCAAGCCCAAUGUCUCCGAGCAGUCCAUCGUUGCCGGAACCGUCUAUUCCGAUCCCAACCACUUUCACCUCCUUCCCAUUCUGCGAAUGCAAACGAUUCCCUUCCGGCCUGGUUCCCUUCGAAUUUGA